AUGGGGAGGCCCCCGACAGCCGUGCUCCCUGCCGCCUGCCAUGAGCUUCCGCAGCCCCGAUUCCUGAACCCCGUCCCAUCUCGGGCUCACUCAACUGCCACCGGGCCCGAGAAGUCCCCUCCAAGACCCCAACGUAUUGUUGUUGCGAUAACCGGAGCCACCGGCACGCUAUUCGGGCUACGAUUACUGAAAGUUUUACGCGGCCUCGGCAUCGAGACACACCUUGUUCUCAGCAAGUGGGCGAUGGCAACGAUGAAAUAUGAGACGGAGGUAUCCGAGCGCGAGGUGCGCGAAAUGGCCUCCCACUGCUACGCGAUCAAAGACCUGUCUGCGCCGCCAUCAAGCGGCUCAUUCCUUCAUGACGGCAUGAUCAUCGUGCCCUGCAGCAUGAAGACCCUGGCUGCCGUGCGGACAGGGUUCUGCGACGAUCUGAUAUCCCGCGCGGCGGAUGUAACCCUGAAAGAACGCCGAAAGUUGAUGCUUGUGGUCCGAGAAACCCCACUCAGCAGUAUCCACCUCGACAAUAUGCUCGAACUGUCGCGAGCCGGAGCCAUCGUUUUUCCGCCGGUUCCGGCCUUCUAUUCACGACCGGAAAGUAUCCAGGAGUUGGUCGAUCAGAGCGUCGGGCGCAUGCUCGACUCAUUUGGCAUUCACUGUGACGAUUUUCCGAGGUGGCAAGGCUUCGAGUGGAACGAGACCAAGAGGAAAUGAUCUAGAUUUUGUCCGAAAUAAAUACCUCACAUGUCGCAUUGAAUUAUAGUAGGGACGAU